CAAGUCGGGAGGUGGUGUGUUAGCGGCGUCUCUCCGGCGGGAAACCUGAGAGUGGCUACUCGCUUGUGGCCUCUGAUCUGGGAGCAAGAAGAAGAGCGGCGAGAUGACUGACCGGUACACCAUCCACAGCCAGCUAGAGCACCUGCAGUCCAAGUACAUCGGCACGGGCCACGCCGACACCACCAAGUGGGAGUGGCUGGUGAACCAGCACCGCGACUCGUACUGCUCCUACAUGGGCCACUUUGAUCUUCUCAACUACUUCGCCAUUGCCGAGAACGAGAGCAAAGCGCGAGUCCGCUUCAACUUGAUGGAGAAGAUGCUGCAGCCCUGCGGGCCGCCAGCCGACAAGCCCGAGGAGAACUGAGACCGCCUCCUUGCCACCGCCGUCCUCCCGCUUGCCGUCAUUGCCCGCGAAUUUUCCUGGUGUGGACCUAUUCUCCUUCAGUACUCGUCUUUCCGCGUUCAGAAGUGCUUUGCCUUGGGUGUCCCGCCUGACCCGCCUUCAUGGGGACUCUACGGAACUUGGCAUCGAGACACCGUCUGGAGCCCUGAGAACUGGGCGCGGGUUAUGGGAGGUCCUAGACCUGGCAAGAGCCAGGGCAAACGGCACUGGUGUGAGACGGCAUUUGGAGGCUCGUUGUUGGCUGAUUAUCGUUGUUGCUUUAUCCAUAAAGUUUAGAAAUU